GCUCCUGGGGAAGCCAGGGAGCCUCUGAGACACCAGACCACCCAUAGUUGACCCCAGGGUUUGGGGGAGGAGGAUCAGACAAGCUCAAGUUCCCCUGAAGAUGCCUCCCUGGUUCAUUUGUUCAUUCAUUCAUUUUACCAGCUUUUAACGCCCUCUGUGCUAUUCCUCUGUCUGGAAGAGCACAGUGGGGAGGGCAGACAAUGGAUCUGGUGGCUGGAGAGAGGCCCCCCGAAUUUUAUUUUAUUUUAUCUACCGUCUUCCACUCCCCAGAGGUGGCCUGGGAACCACCCUUCUCUGUAGUCCUAAAACUUUUCUAAGUUUACUUGUGCUCCUCCUGUAAAAAAACAGACCGAUUUUCUCCAACACUGCAGCCAAGCUGAGGUUCCUGGAGCUCAUUUCCCGGCUGCGGCUGCGGUUUCAGAGAAGCGCCCUGGGAAUCUGGGGUUGUCAAGGUCCCUCAGUGGGAGGGGUCGCAGCGGCGCAGUGCCCCUUCCUCUCUAGGCCCACGGGCGUCACCUAAGCCGCCGUUGCCAUGGGCCCCUGGCAGAUGGCUGGGUUUAGGGUUCCCGAGAGGGUGGUGCGCGGGAUUAGGUGAAUUAGGAGCCUGCGUCCUGUCGUGAGGCCACCAGACCCAGCGCACCAUGGAGUCCCCCAAAAGCCCUGCUGACCUAGGCGAAGCACCCGCCCCUCCGCCUGGCAAGUGGGCUCUGGUGCGAAACUUGAACCAAGCGCUCAAGACCUUCGCGGUCCUGCCGGUGAGCCCCGGGGCUGGGAGGGGAAGGCUCACUUACUUGAGCCUCAACUCCCCUGGUGGUCAGACGCCAAGUGGGAGGCAGGAGCUAGAAGUGCACGGGAGACUGCAGCCAGCCCUAGGAUGCUGCAAGGGACUAGGGACUUUGGUGUGAACUUGGCCGAAGGCACACAUCCCAGGGUCUGAAGGUUUUGCCAUCUGGAAAACCAAGGAUGCCAUGGGGGAGGGACAGACUAGCUGGACCAAGUUAAGAAUAGAAUUCCCAGCUUUUACUGGUGUCCAGCUCAGGGAGCACCGCGAGGCACAUAACAGGGCAUCCUAGAGUCCCCUCUCUCAACAAAGGCUAGUAAUUCGCCACCUUUCCUGCUUCUAUGGCAAUACAUUGGUCACCUCCCCGCCUAUGAAAUGGCCCACAGUGGGUAGAAAAAUGAGUGAAGGGCCAUGUUCUAAUUGAGGCUCCUGUGGUUUCACAGAGGUUGGAAGAGGCAGGAGGCGGCUGAGGACUGUGGGUUGGUACUGAUGUGAUGUGACCCCAAGUCUAGAAUUAGGGCAGACAGCAGGCACAGGUGGCAUUUUUUUCCCCUCUGGGCCUCAAGUUUUCAGAUACACUGACUCCUUCCCUUCCAAGACUGCUGAAAAAUGAGGUCUGGAAAAAUUACGCCCCAGGCACACAGCACCAGGGGCAGAACUGAAAUUGGGACCCAUGACUCUUGACUACUGUGCUCACUGCAAAUGCUAGCUAGCAACUGGGGAUUGGGAGUGUGCUUGAGGACAAUGAGUCCGCCCUGGUGGCUGGGUCUGCAUAGCAGCUGGGGGCCUGGGCCUGGAAGGGGCUGGUCCUGGAUUCACUUGACAAUGGAAGAGCUGUGAGUUGGCCCAAGUUACACAGCCCCCACCAAAGCAUUUGCCAUGUCUCAAAUGGGAUCUUCACUGCAAGGUGAGAUCCCUAGAGAGGUGCCUUUCACAGCAUGGUUUUUGGGCAGUAUGGUGGCCUGAGUCUGGCCACAGGCUGGGACUUGGGGCCCUUCAUGGCUUCCUCCUUCUUCCCUUGCAUCUGCCAGCCUUGGUGAGCAGUAUGAUGAGAGAAUGCCUCAAGUUCCCUUUUCUUCUUGGGUCUUAGUUUCUUCACCUAUAAAUGAGAUGUUUUGUGUCCUAUGUGCCUUGGGAAUAUGAUCUACCUCCUGGGGACGAGCUGAAGCUAGAAGAGUCAUUUCUGUUUGCUGUAUGUUAUGAGCACCUCCGUCUCCCUCUCUGAGCCUCUCUUCCUGGCUCACACGAGGGGGACUACGUGUGGAUGGACCUGAAGUCGGGCCAGGAGUUCGAUGUGCCCAUCGGGGCCAUGGUAAAGCUCUGUGAGUCUGGGCAGAUCCAGGUGGUGGAUGAUGAAGGCAAUGAACACUGGAUUUCCCCUCAAAAUGCCACGCACAUCAAGCCAAUGCACCCCACAUCGGUGCAUGGUGUGGAGGACAUGAUCCGCCUGGGGGAUCUCAACGAGGCAGGCAUUCUUCGAAACCUUCUCAUUCGCUACCGGGACCAUCUCAUCUACACAUACACGGGUUCCAUCCUGGUGGCCGUGAACCCCUACCAGCUGCUGUCCAUCUACUCGUCAGAGCACAUCCGCCAGUAUACCAACAAGAAGAUAGGGGAGAUGCCCCCCCACAUCUUUGCCAUUGCCGACAAUUGCUACUUCAACAUGAAACGCAACAACCGGGACCAGUGCUGUAUCAUCAGCGGGGAAUCAGGAGCUGGCAAGACAGAGAGCACAAAGCUGAUCCUGCAGUUCCUGGCGGCUAUCAGUGGACAGCACUCAUGGAUCGAGCAGCAGGUGCUGGAGGCCACCCCGAUCCUGGAAGCAUUUGGGAAUGCCAAGACCAUCCGCAAUGACAACUCCAGCCGCUUUGGCAAGUACAUUGACAUCCACUUUAACAAGCGUGGUGCCAUUGAGGGCGCAAAAAUAGAGCAGUACCUGCUGGAGAAGUCACGAGUCUGCCGCCAGGCCCCUGAUGAGAGGAACUAUCACGUGUUCUACUGUAUGCUGGAGGGCAUGAAUGAGGAGGAGAAGAAGAAGCUAGGCCUAGGCCAGGCCGCUGACUACAACUAUUUGGCAAUGGGUAACUGCAUCACCUGUGAGGGCCGUGUGGACAGUCAGGAGUAUGCCAACAUCCGCUCAGCCAUGAAGGUGCUCAUGUUCACAGACACGGAGAACUGGGAGAUCUUGAAGCUUCUGGCCGCCAUCCUACACAUGGGCAAUCUGCAGUACGAGGCCCGUACGUUUGAGAACUUGGAUGCGUGCGAAGUCCUCUUCUCCCCAUCGCUGGCCACGGCAGCUUCUCAUCUCGAGGUGAAUCCCCCAGACCUGAUGAGCUGCCUCACCAGCCGCACCCUCAUCACCCGUGGGGAAACGGUCUCCACCCCUCUCAGCAGGGAGCAGGCGCUGGAUGUGCGAGAUGCCUUUGUCAAGGGCAUCUAUGGGCGGCUCUUUGUAUGGAUUGUGGAGAAGAUCAAUGCAGCAAUCUACAAACCACCCUCUCAGGAAGUGACGAACUCUCGCCGGUCCAUCGGUCUCCUGGACAUCUUUGGGUUUGAGAACUUCACCGUGAACAGCUUUGAGCAGCUCUGCAUUAACUUUGCCAAUGAGCACCUGCAGCAGUUUUUCGUGCGACACGUGUUCAAGUUGGAGCAGGAGGAGUAUGACUUGGAGAGCAUUGACUGGCUGCACAUCGAGUUCACUGACAACCAGGAGGCCCUGGACAUGAUCGCCAACCGGCCUAUGAACGUCAUCUCCCUCAUUGACGAAGAGAGCAAGUUCCCCAAGGGCACGGAUGCCACCAUGCUGCAUAAGUUGAACUCACAGCACAGGCUCAAUGCCAACUACGUCCCACCCAAGAACAGCCAUGAGACCCAGUUUGGAAUCAACCACUUUGCGGGCAUUGUCUACUAUGAGAGUCAAGGCUUCCUGGAGAAGAACAGAGACACCCUGCAUGGGGACAUCAUCCAGCUGGUCCACUCUUCCCGGAACAAGUUUGUAAAGCAGAUUUUCCAGGCCGACGUUGCUAUGGGUGCAGAGACCAGGAAGCGCUCGCCUACACUCAGCAGCCAGUUCAAGCGGUCUCUGGAGCUGCUGAUGCGCACACUGGGCGCCUGCCAGCCCUUCUUUGUACGAUGCAUCAAACCCAAUGAGUUCAAGAAGCCCAUGCUCUUCGACCGGCACCUGUGUGUACGCCAGCUGCGCUAUUCGGGCAUGAUGGAGACUAUCCGCAUCCGCCACGCAGGCUACCCCAUUCGCUACAGCUUUGUGGAGUUUGUGGAGCGCUACCGCGUGCUGCUGCCUGGGGUGAAACCAGCAUACAAGCAGGAUGACCUCCAAGGGACAUGCCAGCGCAUGGCUGAGGCCGUGCUGGGCACUCACGAUGACUGGCAGAUUGGCAAAACCAAGAUCUUUCUGAAGGACCACCAUGACAUGUUGCUGGAGGUGGAGCGGGACAAGGCCAUCACAGACAGAGUCAUUCUCCUCCAGAAGGUCAUCCGGGGCUUCAAAGACAGGUCCAACUUCCUGAGAUUGAAGAGUGCAGCCACACUGAUCCAGAGGCAUUGGCGGGGCCACCACUGUAGGAAAAACUAUGAGCUGAUUCGUCUUGGCUUCCUGCGGUUGCAGGCCCUGCACCGCUCCCGGAAACUGCACAAACAGUACCGCCUGGCCAGACAGCGCAUAAUAAAGUUCCAGGCCCGCUGCCGGGCCUACCUGGUGCGCAGGGCCUUCCGCCACCGCCUCUGGGCCGUGAUCACCGUGCAGGCCUAUGCCCGGGGCAUGAUUGCGCGCCGGCUACACCGGCGCCUCCGAGUUGAGUACUGGCGGCGCCUUGAGGCAGAGAGGAUGCGGCUGGCAGAGGAGGAGAAGCUAAGAAAGGAGAUGAGUGCCAAGAAGGCCAAGGAGGAGGCGGAGCGCAAGCAUCAGGAGCGCCUGGCCCAGCUAGCCCGCGAGGAUGCAGAGCGGGAACUGAAGGAGAAGGAAGAGGCUCGGCGGAAGAAGGAGCUGUUACAGCAGAUGGAGAGGGCCCGCCAUGAGCCUAUCAACCACUCAGAUAUGGUGGACAAGAUGUUUGGCUUCCUGGGGACUUCAAGUGGCCUGCCAGGCCAGGAGGGCCAGGCACCUAGUGGCUUUGAGGACCUGGAGCGAGGGCGGAGGGAGAUGGUGGAAGAGGAUGUCGAUGCUGCCCUGCCCCUGCCUGACGAGGAUGAGGAGGACCUUUCUGAGUACAAAUUCGCCAAAUUUGCUGCCACCUACUUCCAGGGCACAACCACACACUCCUACACCCGGAGGCCCCUCAAGCAGCCACUGCUCUACCACGAUGAUGAGGGUGACCAGCUGGCGGCACUGGCUGUCUGGAUCACCAUCCUCCGGUUCAUGGGGGACCUCCCAGAGCCCAAGUACCACACAGCCAUGAGCGAUGGCAGUGAGAAGAUCCCUGUGAUGACUAAGAUCUAUGAGACCCUGGGCAAGAAGACAUACAAGAGGGAGCUGCAGGCCCUGCAGGGCGAGGGCGAGGCCCAGCUCUCUGAGGGGCAGAAGAAGACCAGUGUGAAACACAAGUUGGUACACUUGACACUGAAGAAGAAGUCCAAACUCACAGAAGAGGUGACCAAGAGGCUGCAUGAUGGGGAGUCCAUGGUACAGGGCAACAGCAUGCUGGAGGACCGGCCCACCUCAAAUCUAGAGAAGCUGCACUUCAUCAUUGGCAACGGUAUCCUGCGACCUGCACUGCGGGAUGAGAUUUACUGCCAGAUCAGCAAGCAACUCACACACAACCCAUCCAAGAGCAGCUAUGCCAGGGGCUGGAUCCUUGUGUCUCUGUGUGUGGGAUGCUUCGCCCCUUCUGAGAAGUUUGUUAAGUACCUACGGAACUUCAUCCAUGGAGGCCCACCCGGCUAUGCCCCCUACUGUGAGGAGCGCCUGAGAAGGACCUUUGUCAAUGGAACUCGGACACAGCCACCCAGUUGGCUGGAACUGCAGGCCACCAAGUCCAAGAAGCCCAUCAUGUUGCCCGUGACCUUCAUGGACGGGACCACUAAGACCCUGCUAGCAGAUUCAGCAACCACAGCCAAGGAACUAUGCAAUGCUCUGGCUGACAAGAUCUCACUCAAGGACCGCUUUGGCUUCUCCCUCUACAUUGCUCUGUUCGAUAAGGUAUCCUCCCUGGGCAGUGGCAGUGACCACGUCAUGGACGCAAUCUCCCAGUGCGAGCAGUAUGCCAAGGAGCAGGGUGCACAGGAGCGCAACGCCCCCUGGAGGCUCUUCUUCAGAAAGGAGGUCUUCACACCCUGGCACAACCCCUCGGAGGACAACGUGGCCACCAACCUCAUCUACCAGCAGGUGGUGCGAGGAGUCAAGUUUGGGGAGUACAGGUGUGAGAAGGAGGAUGACCUGGCCGAGUUGGCCUCCCAGCAGUACUUUGUGGACUAUGGUUCUGAGAUGAUUCUGGAGCGUCUGCUGAGCCUCGUGCCCACUUACAUUCCUGACCGUGAGAUCACACCGCUAAAGAAUCUUGAGAAGUGGGCACAGCUGGCUAUUGCUGCCCACAAGAAGGGAAUUUAUGCCCAGAGGAGAACUGAUGCCCAGAAGGUCAAACAGGAUGUGGUCAAUUAUGCCCGUUUCAAGUGGCCCUUGCUCUUUUCCAGGUUUUAUGAAGCCUACAAAUUCUCAGGCCCUCCCCUCCCUAAGAGUGACGUCAUCGUGGCUGUGAACUGGACGGGCGUCUACUUCGUGGACGAGCAGGAGCAGGUGCUUCUGGAGCUGUCCUUUCCGGAGAUCAUGGCUGUGUCCAGCAGUAGGGAGUGCCGCGUCUUGCUCUCAUUGGGCUGCUCUGACUUGGGCUGUGCUUCUUGUCACUCGGGCCGGGCAGGGCUGACCCCGGCUGGACCCUGUUCUCCGUGUUGGUCCUGUAGGGGAGCAAAACUGAUGGCCCCCAGCUUUACACUGGCCACCAUCAAAGGGGAUGAGUACACCUUCACAUCUAGCAAUGCUGAGGACAUCCGUGACCUGGUGGUCACCUUUCUGGAGGGGCUCCGGAAGAGGUCUAAGUAUGUGGUGGCACUGCAGGACAAUCCCAACCCUGCUGGUGAGGAGUCGGGCUUCCUCAGCUUUGCCAAGGGAGACCUCAUCAUUCUCGACCAUGAUACCGGCGAGCAGGUCAUGAAUUCAGGCUGGGCCAAUGGCAUCAACGAGAGAACCAAGCAGCGUGGAGACUUCCCCACCGACUGUGUCUACGUCAUGCCCACUGUCACCUUGCCACCCAGGGAAAUUGUGGCCCUGGUCACUAUGACCCCAGACCAGAGGCAGGAUGUUGUCCGGCUUCUGCAGCUGCGCACAGCAGAGCCAGAGGUGCGCACCAAGCCCUACACGCUGGAGGAGUUCUCCUAUGACUACUUCAGGUCCCCACCCAAGCACACGCUGAGCCGUGUCAUGGUGUCCAAGGCCCGAGGGAAGGACCGACUGUGGAGUCACACACGAGAGCCCCUCAAGCAGGCCCUGCUCAAGAAGAUCGUGGGCAGCGAGGAACUCUCCCAGGAAGCCUGCAUGUCCUUCAUAGCUGUGCUCAAGUACAUGGGUGACUACCCAUCCAAGAGGACACGCUCUGUCAAUGAGCUCACUGACCAGAUCUUCGAGUGGGCAGUGAAGGCCGAGCCCCUCAAAGAUGAGGCCUACGUGCAGAUCCUGAAGCAGCUGACUGACAAUCAUAUCAGGUACAGCGAAGAGAAGGGUUGGGAGCUGCUGUGGCUGUGCACAGGCCUCUUCCCACCCAGCAACAUCCUCCUGCCUCAUGUUCAGCGUUUCCUGCAGUCCCGCAAACACUGUCCUCUUGCCAUUGACUGCCUACAAAGGCUCCAGAAAGCCCUGAGAAACGGGUCCCGGAAGUACCCUCCACACCUGGUGGAGGUAGAGGCCAUCCAGCACAAGACUACCCAGAUUUUCCACAAGGUCUACUUCCCUGACGACACGGAUGAGGCUUUUGAGGUAGAGUCCAGCACCAAGGCCAAGGACUUCUGCCAGAACAUCGCCAGCCGGCUGCUCCUCAAGUCUUCUGAGGGAUUCAGCCUUUUUGUCAAAAUCGCAGAUAAGGUCAUCAGCGUCCCUGAGAAUGACUUCUUCUUUGACUUUGUUCGACACCUGACAGACUGGAUAAAGAAGGCACGGCCCAUCAAGGAUGGAAUCGUGCCCUCACUGACCUACCAGGUGUUCUUCAUGAAGAAGCUGUGGACCACCACCGUGCCUGGCAAGGACCCCAUGGCCGACUCCAUAUUCCACUAUUACCAGGAACUGCCCAAGUAUCUCCGAGGCUACCACAAGUGCACCCGGGAGGAGGUGCUACAGCUGGGCGCGCUCAUCUACAGGGUCAAGUUUGAGGAGGACAAAUCCUACUUCCCUAGCAUCCCCAAGUUGCUGAGGGAGCUGGUGCCCCAGGACCUAAUCCGGCAGGUCUCACCUGAUGACUGGAAACGGUCUAUUGUCGCCUACUUCAACAAGCAUGCAGGGAAGUCCAAGGAGGAGGCCAAGCUGGCCUUCCUCAAGCUCAUCUUCAAGUGGCCCACCUUUGGAUCAGCCUUCUUUGAGGUGAAGCAAACGACAGAACCAAACUUCCCAGAGAUUCUCUUAAUUGCCAUCAACAAGUAUGGGAUCAGCCUCAUCGAUCCCAGAACCAAGGACAUCUUGACUACUCACCCCUUCACCAAGAUCUCCAACUGGAGUAGUGGCAACACCUACUUCCACAUCACCAUUGGGAACUUGGUCCGUGGGAGCAAACUGCUCUGUGAGACAUCACUGGGAUACAAAAUGGAUGAUCUUCUGACUUCCUACAUCAGCCAGAUGCUCACUGCCAUGAGCAAACAGAGGAACUCCAGGAGCGGGAGGUGAACAGUAGAGGAGAUACUGGCUCAGGCCUUGGCCAUCCAGGCAGGGAGGCUGGACCGACCAUAUCCAUUGGGCAUCUGACCUGCCUGUCAUGGAGUCCAGACUUUUCUGCAUCCACCUAUGGAAUCUGGGCUUGCUGUCACCCUACUUCGUUGUGGCCUUCCUGGUGUAAGAGCCUGUGCUCCUUGCUCACCUCCCCUGAUUCAGAACAGCUCCGUCAAGCAAUGUCUUUUGAGUUUCUGUACAUGGAUGGAACAGGGGAGUGAAGGACAGUUUAGCUCUCUCCAUACUUGGAACAACCAAGCUAUUUGUGCACUGAACUGAUACUCUGAAACCCUGACUGGGUUCAGGGUCCUCAGUACUGGUCUCUCCCUUAUGCACUACCACUGAGGACUCCUUGGAGGACCCCUUCAAUAUCAUCUGCUCCAGGGAGCCCCCUAGACUACCUCCUGAGUCUGGACAAAGUCUCCUGAUUCUAACUGGGUCACUUCUGUAUGGGACAGUUAUGUGCUGGGUGUCUGCUAAAACUUCCCUGACCAACUGAGAGCAUAAACCAUGUGUCUUAUC